AUGGCAACGCUUGUGCUCGGACUACUCGUUGCGCUGUGUCCAACAGCUGUCUCGGUGAAGACGAGGCGAAGCAGCUGCCCUGACCGAUGUGAUGGCAUCUCCAUCGCGUAUCUGUUCGGGAUAGGGGCAGAGUGCUCCCUGCCGGGCUUCAAUCUCACCUGUGCGAAGGGCGUCAACAACCCUAGUAACCCACUACUGCUAGGCAACCCAAGCAUUAGGGUGUGGGAAUUCGACUUGCCGCCGUUGCUUCAGGAUUCGUUUCCUGCCGUCCACGCAAACAUCAGCUACUUUGUGAAGCUAACUCCUGCCCAGAACUACUCCGUGCACUGGGAGGCUCCAGGCAGACCCUUCGCCAUCUUUGGCUCCUCUAACGUGGCCCUCUUCGUUGUUGGCUGCUCUGUUAAGGCGACGUUGUUCAUCGGGGACUCCGCUGUUGAACUUGGCAACUGCUACGUUGCCUAUUACGACUCUAUGCAGCCGAAAGAGAAUUGCCCAAGAUUGUGCGGCAACAUUAGCAUUGCAUUUCCCUUUGGAACAGAAUUAGGUUGCUUUGCAAAGCUUCCACUGUAUCUAACAUGUAACCCAAGGCCUUCUCCUAUCCUUCAAAUGCCCGAUGGUUCGGUGGUCACUGACAUAUCCAUCGACGAAGGUAUCCUGCGUAUUCUCAACUUAUCAGAUACAGGCAGUUCCUUGGCCUACCUGGGAGCCCCUUUGUACGCUUUCUCUGGUGAACGCGUGUUGAGGUGGGCCGUCGACAACAAGACCUGUAAGGAUGCAAUGGCGUCUGAGGAUUAUAGAUGCUUCUCUAAUAGUGAUUGCUUGGAUGUCACAGACGAAAUGCUAUCACUCAAACACGUUGGUUAUCAGUGCAAGUGCUCUCAUGGAUUUGGAGGAAAUCCUUACCUUAGAUACGGAUGCACAAGUAUUAGCACUGGCAAGCAUCAAAGAGAAAGCAAACUUGUAAUAUUAGGUGUGACCAUUGGACUAAGCAGUGGCGGUGGCAUUCUAUUCCUUGGCGCAGUCUUUGCACUUCUUACACGGAGAUGGAAGAGGAGCGUUCAGAAACAGCUUAGAAAGAGGUAUUUCCGCAAAAACAAAGGUAUUCUCCUAGAACAACUAAUCUCUACAGACCAAGAAAACGCAAGUGAUGGCACAAAGAUAUUCUCCCUUGAAGAGCUAGAGAAGGCAACCAACAAUUUUGAUCCCACCCGUGUGGUCGGUCGUGGUGGCCAUGGCACUGUGUACAAGGGCAUCCUGUCUGACCAACGUGUCGUGGCUAUCAAGAGGUCAAAGGUCGAGGCAAGCUCAGAGAUUGAGCAGUUCAUCAACGAGGUAUCCAUCCUCUCACGGAUCAACCACCGGAACGUGGUGAAGCUUCACGGCUGCUGCCUUGAGGCCGAGGUCCCAUUGCUUGUCUACGAGUUCAUCUCCAACGGCACAUUAUAUGACCUCCUGCACCAUGAGCAGAAUGGUAUCCUGUUGCCAUUACCUUGGGAGGAGCGUCUAAGGAUUGCCGUCGAGAUCGGCGGUGCUCUCACUUAUUUGCACUCAGCAGCUACGGUGUCAAUUCUUCACAGAGAUGUCAAGAGCAUGAACGUACUUCUUAAUGACAGUUACAUAGCUAAGGUUUCAGAUUUUGGUAGCGUCGACGAGUUGCUGACAAGGAAGAAGCCAAUCUUCGAGAACGAGAAUGGCGAGAAGCAGAACCUGACGAACUAUUUCUUGUGGGCUAAGGAGGAGAGGCCCCUCGAGGGGGUUGUUGACAGACAGAUUUCGGGUGAAGCAAGUGAGGAAGCGAUUGCAGGUGUGGCUGGGCUGGCUGAGGAGUGCCUCAGUCUGACACGAGGGGACAGGCCUACCAUGAAAGAUGUGGAGAUGAGGCUGCAAAUGUUAAGGGGUCGCCAAUCUGUUGCUCCGCCUCGUGUUGGUGAGAGGAUCAGUGGGCUUGGUGGCGCUAUUCUGGUGCCUGCAUGUCACCAUGGUUCACGGCGGUACAGUCUUGAGCAGGAAUUUCUGUCGUCCUCACGUGUGCCGCGGUAG